CGCGGCAACAUGGUGCGUUCCGGUGCACCCGGCCGACCGAGCCUAAGCAUCCUGCUGGCGGCUGCGGUGAUCCUUGCCGGCCUGGUGCGACAAGCGAAGGCCAGUGCUUCUUUAUCUGGAUACCGGGAACCGUGUACGAACGAGGGCGAAGAGGUCAGGAUCAGCAUGCCGUGCUUCAAGUGUAUCUGUAAGAACGGAUUCGUGGAAUGCGAGCAAGAAAGCUGCCCGGCAGUGGACGACUGCUACAUCUACAAAAAGAAAGGACCCGACGAGUGCUGCGACAAGUGUAUCGGAUGUUUAUUCCAGGGCCGACAGAUUGACAGUGGCACCGAGUGGACCGAUCCGGAAGAUCCCUGCAUGCACUACAAGUGCGUUUCCGGCGUGGUCACCCAGUCGGAGAUGAAGUGCUACACACCCUGCUCGAACCCAAUCGCACCCCGGAAGGGCCAAUGUUGUCCGACCUGCUUCGGUUGUCGGCUCAACGGACAGAAGGUGUUGGGUGAGGCCACUCUCAGUGAAGAUCCGUGCGUGAAGUGUACCUGUGCCGGUCACAAGUUGACGUGCGCGAAAAAGUCAUGUCCGGUGCUGCAGUGUCCACUGUCGAAGCAGAUUCGCACGCCCGGCGACUGCUGCCCAAAGUGUGCCGAGCGGCGCGAGGAGAUCAACCGCGGGUCGCCGAUGUGCAUCAUGGCGAAAGCGGUCCAUUUUCCGGGAAAACCCUAUAAGGGCGACCAGUGCUCGAACUGCACCUGCCAAAAUGGCACGUCGGUGUGCGAGAAGAGCACUUGCCCGAUACUGGAGUGCGCGGUGGAGGAUCAAAUACGCGAACCGGGCGAAUGCUGCCCGUCCUGUCCGAUGCCGGCCGAGUUCCGCAGCACGUGCACGACAGCCGGGAAAGUGUAUCAGAACAACGAAACCUGGAGCCUGAACGCGUGCACAUCGUGCGAGUGCCGGGCAGGCGAGGUACGCUGCGCCAACAUCCAGUGUCCGAAGAAAAAGUGUGGCCCCAACGAAACGCUGCUGACGGCGGCGAACGAGUGCUGUCCACGGUGCGUCGAAAGCCCGGGCGUUUGCACUGUUUUCGGCGAUCCGCACUACAAAACGUUCGACGGGAACUUCUACAGCUUCCAGGGCUCGUGUAAGUACCAGCUGACCGCGGACUGUGUCGGGCACUCGUUCUCGAUCCGCGUCACGAACGACGCGCGGAUGACCAAGUACUCGUCGUGGACGAAAACGGUCACUCUGAAGCUGGACGGCGUGAAGGUGAAUCUGGGCCACCGCAUGCGGGUCAAGGUGAACGGAACGCGCGUUGAGCCGCCGUACAAGCUGAACCAGACGCUCGACAUUUACCGCAGCGACGACGGGACGGAAGUGGUCGUCGAGACCGGGCUGGGCGUGAAGCUGUCUUGGGAUGGGUUCAACUUCAUCCAGGUGCAGGUACCGACGGAGUACAAGGGGAAGCUGUGCGGACUUUGCGGUAACUACAACAGCGUCUUCCGGGACGAUCUGUUUACGCGCGGUGGUCUCAACAUGACGCACAAUGUGUGGCGCUUUGCGCGAUCGUGGGCCGUCGGCGGUCCGAAAGCGUGCACGAGACAGCGCAAGAAAGAACUGGCCGCUCGCAACCCGCAGUGCAAGACGAAGAAGUUCUUCACCUUCUGCAAGGCGCUCCGGACGGCGGAAGUGUUCGGACGCUGCAACUCGCUGCUCAACCCGGACAACUACUUCGAGUCGUGCAAGUUCGACAUGUGCGAGUGUCCCCAUCGGCAGUGCUACUGUGACAGCAUGGCGGCCUACGCCCACGAGUGUGUCCGGCAGGGUGUGCAGCUGCCCGAUUGGCGCACGCUGACCAACUGUGGCCGAAACGCGACCAUUAGUGCUUCAGCUGCGGCCGCUGCGGUGGCUCAGGUGCAGAAGCAACUGCUCGAGCAGAACGCCAUCAGCAAGAACGUCAUCCACAGGCAUCCGAAGAAACUGAGGCGACCACCGAAGCUGCUCGAUGUCGAAGAACCGGUCCAACUGCAACAACAACAGCAUCAUCCGCAGCACCACAGGUUACACCAUCAGCUCUACCAGCACCAGCAGCUGUUGCAGCAGAACAUCAUCUCCUCCCGGCCAGUCAGUGCUAACCGCCGGACACCACCCCCGUUACAGCGCUAGAUUCUUACUGUGUUCCGGAGUUGAACUGUUCACGGGCGCAACACUGGUUGCUGCAUUUGGUUGUCACUCACGAAGUGCUUCUCAAAAGCGGUCGCGGUAAUAGUGGUGUCUUCGAACUGUCCACGUAUAUCGCUUCCGAUUUCGAGCCCUCGAGCCCGUAAAGUACGUAGUUUGUACACUCUUUCUCCCGUUUUCUUGCUUCCUAUAUACAGUCGACUCUUUUUCGAAUAAGUAUACCAUUGUACAUAUUAGUUGCCGUUAGCGUAGGCAAACGGACCGCCAUCGAACAAACCGCCAAUAGAAAAUCAACGAUGAAUCUGAAACCAGUGGAAAUCUCAAGCUAUACCAGCGCCGGCCAGUGCUGCCGGUUGGUAGAGGUAGAGGAAGAUACCUGGCGCGUGUCCCACUCUCGAAAACCAUCCCAAAUUGUCCUUCUUUGUUUGGUUGACAUUCCCCUAAAGGAUAUUUUUGUUUCCCUUUCCCCUCAUUACUUCUGUCCAUCUACUAUUGCACUCUGGCAUUCCCGUGUCCGAUCCACUUCGAUGUCGGUUGUUCAGGUUUUAUUUCAUUUUUUUAUUUCUCGUUUAAAAGCAAACCUUAGAUUUUACUUGCGUGUUUUCAUUUUCGUAAUUUUAUUAUGUCACCUUUUGUACUACCGCUUAGUAAUCUUAUUAUCCUAUUUGUAAUGAUUUUCAAUAAGAGUACAUUUAUCGUUCGAUUGAUUAUUUCUUACUAUAGUUAACGUUUAAGAUGAGUUUUAUUACAACUGCUACUGUUAGGAAUACGCGUACUUCGAUUUGUAACAUUCAUCAGUAUUUAUUUUCCUCUUAAUUGUUUACGUUGUGGAAAAAGAAAAUGCGCAUUGAAAGUAAUGUGAAGGCCGCUGAGUGAAGCCAGAACCAUUAAAGAAACAAACAAAUAGUAGGGCUCGUGUAGAAAGCCAUGUGUAAAGUAAAGUGGCCUUUGCUUUUGCCUCUUCAGAAAACAUAGCCUACGACCGACUAACGCUGUGGCUGUAAGUGAAAUCGAUCGAAGCAGCGUUGGCGUCAUUUUGAUGGCGUUUAAUAGUAAUCAGCCUUCCAAGAAUAUCCGCUCAGUGAGUGGGCAUCGUCUCUCUUUCCGUAAUUUGCGAGAUUGAAAAUCCUUUUGCAGAAACGAAUGUACCUUUCUCUCCAGUUUUGAAACACUCAAUUCUCUCAACGAGUACGUUCUACAAGUUGACAACAUUCCAUAAACCAAACCUUCGGUACAUCAACUUUCGCCAACCCGUGCCUUUAGUUGCGUCAAGGCGAAUCGAAAUACUCUACUUUAACACCAUGUUCACUGUUUCAUUUCUGUAAUUGACUUGCAGCUGAAACAUUAUAUUCAAAAAAUUUUAUUUUUACACCGCAAACACGGCCUCUUGAACAAGAACAACAUUUACCAAUAGUGAAUGAGCUUUGAAAAAAUCUUUAGCAGAGAGACAUGAAUAGGCCGAGAGCCAUUAAAACGAACUGGAAAGUCCAACGAUAACCAGCAAUUCUCCAGUGACAAUACUUCAAAUGCUUGAGGUAGUUAGGAAGUAUUAUAGAAACAGCAACGCUCGCACGUAAGAGGUUACGUAAGAGAACACUUAGAACGAAAGGGCUGGAAUUUAUAGAUGAGCGCAAUGUGAUCUCGUGAGUGAAUUAGAUAAAUGAAUUUGAUUGUGAAUGUCACAGGUGUUCGGGAGAACGAGGAUAGGAAUACGAAGAAUAAUGAACAAAACAGCUAACAUUAAUAAUGUCGUUUUACUACUUAAAGUUGUUGCUAUCUCUAAAGUAGUUGAGAGGUAAACCAUGUGCUUAAGACAAACGGAAAUCUGUCCCAACAGCACGAAACGUUAUAAAAACGUAGCAAAAGAACAAACUAUUAUAAUG